GGGCCCCAAGACAGCAGAAGGAAGGGCCGGGUUGAGACACAAACCAGUUCUAGGGAGCUGGCUGGAGAAUUCGCUCGAAUUCUCACACACUCGUCAACCCGUCCAUGGUGGUGAUGGGCUCGUUUCUGGGUGUGGGUCCCAGAGCGAAACCCGCUGAGUUAAACGCCUCGUUGAAAGACUUUGCCAGCAAACUGAAUAUUGAAAAUAACAACAGUAGCUGUGAUGGUUUGUUGAGAGUGAAGGGGAAAGUGCGGCCAUUGAACGCGUCGGGGGAAACUGAGGCACACAUGGGCUUAGUAAAAACAUUACAGAAAAUGCCCCCGUUUGUCACAGGAGAUCUGAGGAACACUGGGAUGUGAUGUCAACGGCAGAAGAGGAAGUGAUGUCAGAUGCAGAAGAAGGGGCUACAGAAGACUUGAGGCACAACAGGAAGUGAUGUCAGUGGUGGGACAGGAAGUGAUGUCAGAGGCAGACGCAGCCUCUAAGGGAGGAUUAGAACAGAACAGGAAGUGAGGUCAAGGUGGUUGCCAGGGCGAUGCUGGCGCUGGUGGUGCUGGCACUGCCCCUGCUGGCCCCGGGCACCGUCCCCUGCCUGCGCUGCUGGCCGGACACCGCCCGCUACGUCCACUACGACAUGCGGCUGCUGCUGGGGGCGGCCCGGCCUGGGGGGGCCGCAGGGCUGGAGAGGGGGCUCAGCGCACUCAUCUUGGGGAAGGACCCCGGCGUCCGGAUCAUGGAACGGGAGCGGCUGGAGCGAGAAGCCGGGAAGCUCUUCUAUCGCCUGGACCAGAUCAUCACCCGCAACCGGCAGGAUCCAGGGCGCCUGAUGAAGGAGGCAGUGCUUGAAAAGCAGAACUUCACCCAGCGCCUGAGAGCAGCGUCGGCAGCCGUCUGGCAGCAAGUGUGCAGCGCGUCCUGUGGCAGGCCCAAGCCCUUUGAUUUGUCCGAGUGCGAUAGCUGUCAACGCCUCCAAGCUCGGUGCAGGGACCAGAGGGUCUGCGCAGGCACUGCUGUGAUCCUGGCCGUGAGGCUGAGCCUGGUGGGACUGGUGCUGGGAGCCGCAGUGGGGAGGCGAGCAAGGCUGGCGGGGAGCACAGAGGCCGAGAAAGGGCUGGUGGCAGGAAGGACAGAGCCCCCCGUGGAGCAAGGGGAUGGGGCCCCUGCAGACUUGGGGAAUGGGGCCCCCAUGGAGCAGGGGGACGGGGCCCCCACGGACUUGGGGAAUGGGACUCAUUAAAUGUUGGCAUCUUUUCCCAUCCCGGCUUUUCUGCAGAAUGUGACUGAGCUGCUCCCCCAACUGAAACCCCCAGCUGAUGAGCCCCUCUACCCCGGUAUCCCGCCUCUCUCACCCCCACAGGUCCCUCUACCCUAUAUCCUGCUUCCGCCAACCCCACAAGCCCCUGUCCCCCAGUAUCCAGCCUCCCCCAGCCCCCUCUACCCCACCUCCCUCAGCCCCACGGGCCCAUCUACCCCAGUAUCUGGCCUCCUCUAGCCCGCACUACCCCAGUAUCCUACCGCCCUCAGCCCCACAGGUUCCACUACCCUGCCCCUCCUCCCCCAACCCCAUAAACCCAUCUACACCUGUAUCCCACCGCCCUUGAUCUCACACCCCUGCUGGCAAACACCCUGCCUGACCGCAGGCCUCGCCCUGAACCUGGCCGUGAGAUGAGAUUAAUCGAGACCCUCUCCCCAGCCCCUACCUCCCCCCACAUACUCAGAUAUCUCAUGUGACCCCCCUUAUACAUACCCAUGCCCCGGCCCCUCCUGCCUGGCAAAUGCCCUGGAACCCCCCCGCAGCCCCACACAGACACCCCAUCAGUGCCUUA